CACCACUCUCAGGAGAGAACAGAAGAGAGAGCAAGAAGUCUGUUAUGGCCCGCUGACAGGGAAUACAUGGGACGGCCCACUCCAGGGAGCAUCUGAUGGGAUUAUAACACUUUUUUUUUUUUUUUUCUUUUCUUCCUCCCCUCACUCUUUCCAGCUCACUUUUUUUCCCCCUCACUAAGAAUAACUCUGCUCAGUGUGGUUUUAGCAUCACAAGGGCAACCCUAUGUUCAAAUGGACAGCUCUUUGUCAGGGUUAUUGGACCUGAUUUUUAACAAAUAUCUGGCUUUCACUGAGGAAUCCAGUUAGUUCGCAGCUCAUUUGGAAGAAUUCGACCCUUUCCUUUUGACGAGCACGGAUAGUUGGGAAGACAAAAAAAAAAAAAAAAAAAGCAGAGGAGAAAGAAGUGUUUAUCUUGGCACGACAGUGGUGAGGAAUUAGUCCCAGAUGAGCACUGACAGCUGACACCAUCCUCAAUUUCAUUUGAUUUGAUCCGGGCUCCAUACGUCCAAUGUCGGUGAGAUGAUGUGCAAACUCUCCAACAGCACAGACUCUUUGCCUUUUUAGGCUGUUCACACAUGUGCACAUAAAGUUGAAGCUUUUUCUUUUCUUUUUUUUAUAAUUCUUUUUUCUGAAAACGACUGGGCAUAUCCUUAACACCCGGACCAGAAGCUGAACUACAGUGUGACUGAAUUUCCACUUUGACGCUCUUUGAUUUUGCACUGAACUGGAACAAUUUCCAGCUAAAACAUCUGAUCUAAAACGCAGACUGGAUCUCAGCAGGCCUGACAGUGGUUUGAAGACCAGUGACUCACUGUUGCACCGCUGUGAUUCACUCCUGCUUCAACCAGGUGCAGUUGAUGAGACUUGUUUUUUUUUUUUUUUUUUUGCUGUUUUGCAUCUGCGCUCUGUUUUGCAUUUGUUUUCCUGCAUCAUUCCAGUCAGAGUGGACCUGUCUGUGUUUCUAGUGGCCUCAGAACUUUUUAAAGGAUUCACUCAACUUUCCUUUCUGAUUCAUGACAGCAUGGAGGUUCUGGUCACGCCACAGAGGUUCUCUUUGUCCAUCCGUCCCUUUUCAGAGCUGCUGUUUUGAUGCUUCUCUGAACUCAAACUCUUUUUUGAACCUGUCUGUGACAUGAUGAACAAAGAUUCUCGACACUCAAGGAAGAUGCACGGCAACUUCUCCACCCGCAGGCACUCGUGCAUUGGUUUCGAUGUGGAGAAUGGGUUGUCGGUGGGGCGCAGUCCCCUGGAUGCCCAGGCCAGCCCUGGCUCCGGUCUGGUCAUACAGGCCAACUUCCCUCACAGUCAGCGGCGGGAAUCCUUCCUCUACCGCUCGGACUCGGACUUCGACCUGUCGCCCAAAGGUCCUUCCAGAAACUCCUCCACUGCCAGCGACCUGGAAGAAAGCUUGAAGCACUGGGAAGUCAACUGGUUGUCAUCUCGACAUACAGAAGACAUGAUUGUCACACCAUUUGCACAGGUCCUUGCCAGCCUGAGGACAGUCCGGAGUAAUUUUGCCGUCAUAACUGGACAGCAAGAUCGCCCAGCCAGCAAGACACGAUCCUCAGGCAGCAACCCACCAUCCAUGUGCAAGACCAGCCUCGCAGAGGAGCCUCACCAGCAGCUGGCAAUAGAGACUCUGGAUGAGCUCGACUGGUGUCUAGAACAACUAGAGACGCUGAAAACUAGACACUCUGUCAGUGAGAUGGCGUCCAACAAGUUCAAGAGGAUGCUGAACCGAGAGCUCACUCAGCUGUCAGAAACCAGCCGUUCAGGGAACCAGGUGUCAGAGUUCAUCUCUAGCACCUUCCUAGAGAAACAACAUGACAUGGACAUCAUGUCUCCACCCACCAAAGAGAAGGACAAGAAGAAGCGUCCCAUGUUCCAGAUCAGCGGUGUGAAGAAGCCGACCCACAGCCCUAGCCUCGCCCCCUCCACAAUCCCACGCUUUGGGGUCAACACCACCCAGGAGGGACUUCUGGCCAAGGAGUUGGAGGACAUAAACAGAUGGGGAAUCGAUAUCUUUAAAGUCUCUGAAUAUUCUGGGAAUCGGGCACUGACGGUCACCAUGUACACUAUUUUUCAGGAACGAGAUCUGCUGAAGUCCUUUAAAAUUCCACCAGACACAUUUAUUACCUUCAUGAUGACUUUAGAGGAUCAUUAUCAUGCUGAUGUAGCUUACCACAACAACAUCCACGCUGCAGACGUGGUCCAGUCCACACAUGUGUUGCUGUCUACACCUGCACUAGAGGCUGUGUUUACUGAUCUGGAGAUCCUCGCUGCCCUGUUCGCCAGCGCCAUCCAUGAUGUGGAUCACCCCGGAGUUUCCAAUCAGUUUCUCAUCAACACCAACUCGGAGCUUGCCCUCAUGUACAAUGACUCGUCGGUGCUGGAGAAUCAUCACCUGGCUGUUGGCUUUAAGCUCCUGCAGGAAGAAAACUGUGAUAUUUUCCAGAAUCUCACCAAAAAACAGAAACAGUCGCUGCGCAAAAUGGUCAUCGACAUGGUACUGGCCACAGAUAUGUCUAAACACAUGAACCUACUAGCAGACCUGAAAACCAUGGUGGAGACCAAGAAAGUCACCAGUCUAGGAGUCCUACUGCUGGAUAAUUAUUCAGACCGCAUACAGGUCCUUCAGAACAUGGUUCACUGUGCAGAUCUGAGUAACCCCACUAAACCCCUGGAGCUGUACCGGCAGUGGACGGACCGCAUCAUGGUGGAGUUCUUUACUCAGGGGGACAGAGAGCGGGACAAGGGCAUGGAGAUCAGCCCCAUGUGUGACAAACACAACGCCUCCAUAGAGAAGAACCAGGUGGGUUUUAUCGACUACAUCGUUCAUCCUCUUUGGGAGACGUGGGCCGAUCUUGUCCACCCAGACGCUCAGGAGAUACUGGACACACUGGAGGAUAACAGAGAGUGGUACCAGAGCAUGAUCCCUCACAGCCCCUCACCAAACCCAGAAGGCCACAAGGAGGCGGCUCUUUCCGGUGAAGCCUCUGCACUCACCGGGGGAGGAAACUCCACUUCAGCCGACAAGUUCCAGUUUGAGCUAACCUUGGAAGAAGAAGGCGAGUUUGAUACAGAGAGUCCGCCUGAAGAAGAGGAACUCUCCAGAACUGAUUCGACUCACCUGCUUCCAAACAUGCUCAGUGCUGAUGCAGGCAGGACGUUUUCUUUAGACUUUGACCAACAAAUGGCAGAAGAUGGCGAAACGGUGCGAGAAGGCGUUUCUGAGGUAGCACCCUUCAGAAUGGGCACAUAGCAUUAAGUCAGAAGUUGUUUCCUUUUGGCCUUUUUUUGUUUCUUCUUGAUUUCGGUGCCUCAUCCUCCGUCACACCCCUUCUUCCACUCCCAACCAAACACCACCACCUCUGGUUUCUGUGGACAGGAUGAGUGGAAUAUGGGAGUGCAUGUGGAUGUGGAAGGGUGUUAAAGUCUGCAAUUUUACACAGCAGUCACUUGCACUGGAGAGAGACAAACAGACUGAGCCACUGUUCCAGAAGAGGAGAGGAAACCUAGUUUCUGACCAGUCCCCUGUACUCUGUGUCUCAGUCAGACAACUGUGGAUAAAACUCUACAGGGACAAUGAGAAGUUUAAGAAGAACUUCUCCUUUUACCAGCCAACCUAAGGUCUACUGCAGUAUAACUAAUGACAGAACUGUCUUCCUCUUUAAGAGUAUUCGUGAAGGAAGUACGAGAGUGAACGAUGACGCAGGCUUCUUAGAAACCUUGCCAAAUUCUGCAGGGACAAUGCAGAUAUGCCUGCCGUUUUUAGGCUUUUUAUUUGUUUUUUGUUGUUUUGUCAUCUUUUAUUUAGUUCAUGCAUAGUAAAGCAGUACAUGAAGAUACAGUAUAAGCAUAGCCGAUGCAAUUUAAGACACACAACUGCAGAAAUGAACGGGGAUGGAGCUAUGCAUGAUUUUUAUGCAGGAGAUUUUACAUGUAGCAGACAUUUUCAGUGACUUGGUCGCUAUUAUUUGAAAUGAAGCACUGCUUUCCAGUGGUGUUUCACAGUCCAUUCAAGAUCUUAAUUAUUCAGUAGUGCAUAAUACUAUUUUGGGGUUCAUUUUUAUCUUUAUUCUCCCAAACUACUAUAUUCUGAGCAACUAAACUGAGCAAGGGUCAGUAUAGUGUUGGUGAAAUUCAUUCAAAGCAGCGUGGACUGUGCACAUGGUGCCCCCUAGUGUUGACAAGAGAAACUGCAGCUCUGUCACAGGAGGGCAAUGAUAAUAAAUACAUAACAUUAAACAUGUAUUUACUUGCAAGACUACCCAAAAUAUCAGUUAAAAUUUAGUUGCUUCUUUUCUUUUUAUUCAAACUCAAUACUUUUUCUUUAUGUUUUGGCACCCUUUUUAUCAGUUUGCCUUCGAGUUUAGCACUUUAGAGUUUUGUUCAUAGCUGGCCCUCAUUGUGUUUUAAGGGCUUGAGCCAAAACAUGAACACAUUGGAGGAAGUUGACUGAAGAGAGUUUGUUGUUGGCUGUCAGGCUACCAGCACAGACGUGUAAACACCUCAUGUAAAUACAUGAACACAACCAGACAGCUAUGAAUAAUACUAAUCACUAAAACCUCAUUACUCAGGGUUCCUACAAGAUAUGGGGGAAAAAAUAGCAAAAUGGGUGGAGAAAUGCUUGUUUCCAGACUACUGACUCAAAAACAAACUGAUCACACAAGCAGUUUUGGCAGCAAUGUUUCCCACUUUGAUCGGAUGAAUCACAAGACCUGACAGCAAAUAAUGAACCUGCACAAAAUCAGAAUGUAACAUCCAUGUUCAUAGCUGGACAUAGUACACAAAUAUGUAGCUGUUUGUUCUUAAAUAUGGUCUAAAAUUAUGCAAUGGAACGUGUGUAGGAACCCUGGUCAUUAUAGUAGUCAAACAGCUUCAAGUACAGUUUUUAGUAACUUACACUUGGAUAAAUAACUGAACAGAUAAAAGAUUAGAGGAGUUGGAAAGAAGGAUGUUAGCAUCAGUGUAACUGUAAAAACCCAGGAGGUUACCCAGAGACACCAUCCUGUGCCAAAUUUUUUUCAUCUUUUUCCUCUCGUUGAUCAAUAUUUCACUCUUCACAGGGACAUAGUCAAUGACAAAACAAGUGCCAAGCAAGCAUGACACAACCCGUACUGUAAUUUCCAUUUUGCCACUGGCUACUUUCCAUCAGUGACUGAUAAAGUUGGUUGAUUGUAGCACCCUGUGUGCCAAUCUGACCCUACAGUGUCUGUUUCUUUUUUAAUAACUCUUGCUAUAGCAGUAACUGAAACUGAUAUUGUCUUAAAACAGUGAUGUGUUUGUGUGUGACUGAAUGACUGGGGUGAUUUUUUUUUUUUUUUUUGGUUUUGACGUACGUAUUUGCUAAGAAAAACCAAAGCACUUUGUAUUGUACUUUUACAGUCCUGCACUUCCAGUACAGUUGAAUACGGUGGCUGUUUCACUGUCUUUCUAUUGGCGUACGAGCUUUGUGGUUGAUUUCAGUUAAAACAGGCUGGACCACUACAGCUCUUGCACUGCAAAAAAGAAACCUUACCCAAGUUGUAAAAGCCUUGUUUCUGGCAGUCUUCUCAAGAAUGUUUUUAAUUAGAAAAGUAAUCUCAUUUUGAUAAAAAUAUACCUAACUUUGUCAUAAGAUAUCAGCUAGCACUGAGCUAGAUUUGACAAAUAACACGCUAAAACAGCGGUUUAAUAUCCCAGCAGAGGAAUAAGAUCAUUUUCCUUAUUAUAAGAGACCAUUCGCACGAUAUGUCAAGUUACCAAUAUGUAGUCUCUUAAAUGACUGCUUUCAUUGCUUUUAAUAAGCACAAUUUACUUAAAUUAUGGCAUUUUCUUUUUGGCUCUAUUGCAAUUGUUCCAUGGCUUCCCUUUUAUUCUAAUAGCCAAACAAAGUUAAGACAAUUUGGUUUUAUUUAAGAAUAUCUGUUAUCUGUUUCUUUCUAGUCGGACUGUUUUUGCAGUGUAAAGGUUGGACGUUGGAGUAGUUUUUUGUUUCUUUUUUUAUAAUUGACUGUACAGAACUGUUUUGUUGAAAUGCAUGACAUUGGCUGCAAGAUCCAAACAAUAUGAAGAGUAUAUACAGUACUUGGCCUGUGGAGAAACGUGUUUAUUUUAUUACAAAAAAAACUGAGUAAAUUGUUUUAUUGUGUGAACGUAAUUUUUUUUUUUUUUUUUGACGCCUUAUUUUCAACCUUGGGAUUUUCUUUGGUCAUACAUGUGUUCACUGACAUGCUGGAGUCAAACAUGUGCAAUCCUUUCUGUAGCCCAAACACUCAAGGAUGCCUUCAACACUAAGGACUAUUUACCAACAACUUAACCAGCACAAAAUGCAAAGAUUCAGUCUGUUUUAGGCGCGUCACUAAGUCUUUUGUUUUUGUACAUUCUCCUCAUCGUGCUUCAUGUACAGUUUAUUUAUUAUUUCUAUGUUAUCUGUCUGAUCGGAACACUAGGCUUUUUUUUUUUUUUUUAUUAGUCUGAUGUGUAGUACUUGUGUAGUUUGAUAUGUGAGAAAGUCUAAUGGGACAGAUUUCAACAUUACUCAGCUUUUUUUCCUCUUCAUUUCUUCAUGUCUGCAGAUAACACAGGCAAAAAUAUUCUUUCACUCUUUUUUUGCUGUAAAAAUAGUCAACUCACACAUUUCUGUCUUGGUUGUCAGAAGCAUCUUUCCUUGCUUUCGUGUUUCCACUGAUCAGGUCAUCUGUCUUUUCUUUGUUUUCACGAGUCAUAGUGGUGAUGAUAUAGUCAUACAGCGUCAACAGUCAUUAUGGAUCAGUAUUUCUUUUCUUAGAUUUUCUAAAUAUGGGUCAAGACUCUGCAGCUUUGACAAUCUAAACUCUGCUGUUUAACUGUGGGUGUUUGCCCUCUAUCCAACUAGAACUGUAUGCCUUGCCAAUAAAGGAAAAACUCUUCACUCCUU